CCGGAGUUCAUUUUGGUGUUGACUAGGUAGUCCUGCGCUUGUGACAAUAUGUCACAUAUCCUGUUUAGAUGACGUCAAAUUCCGUGUAAUAACUGCAUAAUAAAGCAGACUAGAAUUCAAAACUCCAUUAAAUCUCUCUUCUUGAGCUCUGGUGCAUGAUGUUUAACGAGGCUACAACCGUAUCCCGUGCGACCUCUCUUUCGCGUGCCAGCAAGCACGGCUCGACAGCCUCGUCGCGCAAUCAAUCUCUCAUCAAGAAAAACGUUGCUCCACAGGAUCUCCGCCCAUCCGAUAUUCUUAUCGAGCGAUUUGUCUCCUGGAAAGCUAUUGUGAAGCAACUCAUCAGUUACUUUGAAGGCGUCGCCGAUAUCGAGAACAACAUCGCCAAGGAAUACACGAAGCUUGGCGCAGUAAUUCAAGUACCUUUCCGCUCAGGAAAUCAAUUUCUAGGCGAAGGAGGCCUACAGGACGUAUAUUAUGGCAUUCGCGACAAAACACGCGCCAUUGCCGACCAACAUGCAAACCUGGGUCGGACCGUCGAUAGCUCCAUCGUGCAACAUCUACAAAAACUGCACGCGGAAAUUAAAGCGCACAUCAAGAAUGUUCAAAACGACACUGGUAAAUUGGCCACCAGUGUUGCCAAAGAACGCGAGCUAUCCGGAAGAAUGAUCGGUGAACUGGCAACGAGUGUCAGCAUUUUCAAGAAUACCCCGAUGGGCGUGACUAAUAAGACUGAUCCUUAUGUUGCCAACAUAGCAGUCAUGAGACAAUUGCAAAAACAAGUUCAUGAAGAAAAUGCUCUUCAGAAAUCCAUUAUAAUAAUGCAACAGAAUUCUGCCCACUUCGAGGAAGGAAUUGUACGCGCCAUUCAGUCGGCUUGGCAAACUUAUGAUGAGUGGCGAUCUCGAAUGACUAAUUCGGUGCAAGAUACGUGGCAUACUAUGGGUCGAAACAUGGUCUCACUUGCGCCCGACCGGGAGUGGAUAUCAUUUUCAGCCAGGUCUGACCAUCUUCUUGAUCCCGAGACCCCUCUGCGUAAUCCAGAAACCAUUCAGUACCCCUCGAAAGAAGACACCUCGGUCAUAGCCGUGCAUAACGGACAUCUUGAACGCAAGAAGAGGUUUACGAGGACCUAUCGCGAGGCCUACUAUUUUGCGACGUCUGACCCAUCUCAUAUUUCAUUAUUCCUUCCGGCGUGCACACUUGGCCCUCCGUCAACGCCGUCUUCAAAGUCUCACAAGUUCCAUAUCGAGGGUCGCAAAGAUGGUACGGGUACCACUAAACAUGGCUCUUUCAAAUUGCCUAUGACGGGUGGCCAACACGCUUGGUCAUUCCGUUCUCGUAGUCAUGAGGAUAUGAUGGAGUGGUGGAAUGAUGUCAGAAUGUUAUGUGCCCGUUAUCUUGUCGCCAGCGAGCAAAUGGACCGCGGGGGUCCAGUCGAGGCGGCAGUCCGUUCCGCUGGAUAUAUCAGCGACGAAGAGGACGAGGAGGAUGGAUCUAGCGUUGAGCAGGACCAGGAAGAUGAGGAUGAGGAUGAUCAGUAUGAAGAUGCUGACGCUGACGCUAUU